UUAUCAUCUUCAUACACAAACCCAAGCCAUGGCCAAAAUUGUCGAUUCUCUUCUUCUUAUAUGUUUAAUCUGUAUUAUCAUUGUCGAAUCUGCUACAGCACGAAAUGCUCCAUUAUUAGACAGCAAUACAUUAAACCAUGAUGAUGCAAAUCCUCGUGGCUCAAGCUUCACCUAUGUAUGUGAUUCUUCAAGGUAUGACAACCUUGGAUUGGACAUGACAACGUUUGGCUUCUGUGAUUCUUCCCUUUCUUAUGAAGUUAGGGCUAAAGAUUUGGUGAACCAAAUGACAUUGAAAGAAAAAGUGCAACAACUCGGAGAUCUUGCUUAUGGGGUGCCUAGGUUGGGUAUUCCUAAAUAUGAGUGGUGGUCUGAGGCUCUUCAUGGUGUCUCUGACGUCGGUCCAGGAACAUUCUUUGAUGAUCUUGUUCCUGGUGCCACUAGUUUCCCUACAACCAUACUUACUACAGCAUCUUUUAAUGAGUCUUUAUGGAAAAAUAUUGGUCAGGUUGUUUCAACAGAAGCAAGGGCAAUGUAUAAUUUAGGUCGGGCAGGAUUAACAUAUUGGAGCCCAAAUGUAAAUGUAGUAAGGGAUCCUCGAUGGGGAAGAACUGUUGAGACACCCGGUGAAGAUCCAUAUGUUGUAGGAAGGUAUGCUGUUAAUUACGUAAGAGGCUUGCAGGAUGUUGAAGGUACUGAGAACUACACAGAUUUGAAUACUAGGCCUCUUAAAGUUUCCUCAUGUUGUAAGCACUAUGCCGCCUAUGAUGUUGAAAAAUGGCAAGGAGUUGAACGCCUUACCUUCGAUGCCAGAGUGACUGAACAAGAUAUGGUAGAGACAUUUCUUCGACCUUUCGAAAUGUGUGUCAAAGAAGGAGAUGUUAGUAGUGUGAUGUGUUCUUUUAAUCGUGUCAAUGGGAUACCUACUUGCGCUGAUCCUAAGCUUUUGAACCAGACUAUAAGAGGAGAUUGGGAUCUUCAUGGAUAUAUAGUUUCUGAUUGUGACUCAAUUGAAGUAAUGGUUGAUAACCAUAAGUUUCUUGGUGACACCAAUGAGGAUGCUGUUGCACAAGUACUUAAAGCAGGCUUGGAUUUGGAUUGUGGAGUUUACUACACCAAUUUUACUGAAACUUCAGUGAAGCAAGGACAGGCCAGGGAGGAAUAUAUAGAUAGAUCACUGAAAUACCUUUAUGUAGUGCUAAUGAGGCUAGGAUUUUUUGAUGGAACUCCCCAAUAUCAGAAGUUGGGCAAGAAAGAUAUUUGUACUAAGGAAAAUGUGGAGUUAGCUAAGCAAGCAGCAAGAGAGGGAAUUGUUCUUCUCAAGAAUAAUGAUACUUUACCUUUGAGCAUGGAUAAGGUCAAAAACCUGGCAGUGGUUGGCCCUCAUGCUAAUGCUACCAGAGUCAUGAUUGGAAAUUAUGCAGGUGUACCUUGUCGAUAUGUCUCUCCUAUUGAUGGGUUUUCUAUUUACUCAAACGUGACUUAUGAAAUUGGAUGUGAUGUUCCAUGCAAAAAUGAGAGUCUAGUUUUCCCAGCAGUUCAUGCUGCAAAGAAUGCUGAUGCAACAAUAAUAGUAGCUGGGCUGGACUUAACAAUUGAGGCUGAAGGUUUGGACAGGAAUGAUCUUCUACUUCCUGGGUACCAAACUCAACUGAUCAAUCAGGUUGCCGGUGCUGCCAAUGGCCCUGUUAUUCUUGUGAUCAUGGCAGCAGGAGGGGUAGAUAUCUCUUUCGCAAGGGAUAAUGAGAAAAUCAAAGCUAUUUUGUGGGUUGGAUAUCCUGGACAGGAAGGUGGCCAUGCUAUUGCUGAUGUUGUUUUUGGCAAAUACAAUCCUGGAGGAAGAUUACCGAUUACCUGGUAUGAAGCUGAUUUUGUUGAGCAAGUGCCUAUGACAUAUAUGCAGCUGCGGCCCGAUGAGGAGUUAGGUUAUCCGGGUAAAACAUAUAAAUUUUAUGAUGGUUCAACGGUUUAUCCAUUUGGUUAUGGACUUAGUUACACCACAUUCAGUUACAACAUAACAUCCGCAAAGCGAUCAAAACAUAUAGCACUGAAUAAGUUUCAGCAUUGCCGCGAUUUAAGAUAUGGAAAUGAAACCUUCAAGCCUUCAUGCCCGGCAGUUCUAACUGAUCAUCUGCCUUGCAAUGAUGACUUUGAGUUGGAAGUUGAAGUCGAAAAUACAGGUUCAAGAGAUGGCAGUGAGGUCGUGAUGGUUUAUUCUAAACCCCCGGAAGGAAUUGUAGGAUCUUAUAUUAAGCAGGUGAUCGGUUUCAAGAGGGUGUUUGUUCAAGCUGGAAGUGUUGAGAAAGUUAAUUUCAGAUUCAAUGUGUGCAAGAGCUUUCGAAUUAUAGAUUAUAAUGCUUACAGUAUUUUACCGUCAGGAGGGCACACCAUUAUGGUUGGGGAUGAUAUAGUUUCAAUUCCUCUUUACAUCAACUACAGUUAGAUUGCUCCUGUUUCCUUUUAGAAUCCAGGUUUAGUUAGCUUAUUUUCUGAUGUUACUUUUUGAGUUUAGUGUUUAGAUUUUGAAAAGAAGGAAAUAAAAAAAUUAAUUGUUUGUCAAA